AUGGCUGCCUCCUACAAGAAAUUCUUCUCGUACAACAAAGUCAAGACCUUACCGAACGGAGUUCCCACCAUGAAAAACGUGUGGAUCUUCGCAACACUGCAAAAUUUGGAACAAACCACAAAAGAACCAAUCACUUCAACAUCCGGUAUGAGCUCUUCAAGCGGCAACGGGCUCUCAUCGUCCGGGAGCGGUGACGGCGCAAGUGCUGGAAGAGACUCUUGGGGAUCUGGUUCAGGAACCGGAAGCAGUGGCGGAGGCAGCAUCAACCCGAUGUUUCCGGUAGUCAGUGGAAGCGGUAAUGGCGGCUUCACGGGCCCGUUCUGUAUGGGCGCUGGAAAUGGCGGCAGUGGAGGAGCCAGAAGUGGCGGUGGGAUGAUAGGCGGACCCAGGGGAGUGAGAGGUUACAACAACAAGUGCGCGGGACCGGAGUGCUCGGCAAAAGUGGGACAAAUAUUUAACUGA